UUUUUUUUUAUUAUUUUUUUUUUAAUUAUUAUUAUUAUUUCGCUUCUCAUUAUUAUUUCCCUUGUUUUUCAUGAUUAACAUUUUUCAAUUAAUUGGAUGAAUUCACGACAAGGAUGAUGUUUAAUUUAAAAAUUAACAAUUAUUUAUUUUUGUUACUUUUUUCAUUCCUUUCUAAUAAUUCAUAUGCUUCUCCAAUUGGCCUAGAAAAAUUACAUAAUGAACAUAGUGAAAUUGAAAUUCAUAUUAUGUAUGGACUUGAUCUUAUAAUACUUCAAAUUGGAAGUUUAUGUACAUUAUAUGUGAUCAUUCGUACAUUUAUUCGAUGGUUCAAACAAAAUUAUAGUCUAUAUAUGUCUCAUAAGUUACCUUUUUACAUGGCAUUUUCUGAAUUUUUCGUUUAUACGGCUUUAAUUAUUAAUCUGUAUUAUCCUGCAAUAAAUGAUAAACAAUGGCCUGAACAAUCAUGUAAAAUUAUGGGAUUGAUGUUUUACUUUUUCGCAAUUUUCAACAUGAUUUUAGUUGGUUCACUCGCUUUAAUCACUUAUCUCCGAGUAUGUAAAGCAAUGAACAUAAAUACCGGAAUAUUGGAUUAUAAAUUAUUUAUAUUUCCUCUAAUUGUUCCAACCAUUUUAUGUAUUCCAGCUUGGGAAUAUUUCGGACCUGAUGGAUAUUGGUGUUUUCAAAAUAGAGCGUCAUCAUUUAUUCCUUUAGUUUUACUUUAUAUGAAUAUAUCAAUAUUGAUGACAUCAUUAUUUUGUUAUAUUGGAAUCGCACAUGCUAUUAAUGUAUCCCGAUUCAGAAAUGAUCAAGAAAAUUUUCGUGCAUCAAACAAAAAAAUCAUCAGUUAUCUUUUUAUGUUUAUUUUACAAUGGGUAAGUAUGCAAUAUAUUGUAAUGCUUAGUGUGAUGUUCGGAUGUCGACAAUGAUGACUACAUGAUGUCGAUAUGCAGAUUAUGAUUAUUUUGAUUAUUUUGAUUAUUUUGAACGAUUCCGUCAAAAUUCGUCAAAAUUCGUCAAAUCCGAUGUCAAAUUCGUCACUAAUAUUCCAAAACUUUAAUAUUAUUUAGACUCCGGUUAUGGUGUUUUUAAUAUUUGAUGUUAAUAAAGAAGCUAAUAUGUGGAUAUUUGUAAUAUGCUUUAUUUCUUUACCUGCCGGUGGAAUAAUCAAUACUUAUCGUUAUAUAUCAAAUGAAGGUUUUUGGAAUACUUAU